AUGACGGCCGGGGAAAAUCAAGAAGAAACCAAGAAAGAAUUUCCUGAACUAAAAAAUGCGCAUGCAGUUCUGCCUACUUUGAAGUUCCGAUUUUGGUAUGAUAUUUGGUAUCGCCGAGCUUACGAGGAGUUGGCUCACAUCGUUAUCCAACGAUAUCCUACCAUAAAUAUCGACGGUUCGACGUAUCCUCCUCCUCAGUGGCGUCAUUUUGUCGCUCAACUUGUCACUUUCAUUAAAUUUGUAAUCCUAGCUCUGAUUAUUGCGGGCAUUAAUCCCUUUCCAUUCUUUGGUUUUGAGACUCCUAAUUUCGUAACUUAUGCAAAUGAAAACAAAGUUUCCGUCUGUCUUUUGUGUUUUUUUGUGUGCGGCCUUAUUGAAAGUCAGCUUCUCUCAACGGGUGCUUUUGAAGUAACAUUUAAUGACAUCCCAAUCUGGUCGAAGCUGCAGUCCAACAGAUUUCCAAGUCCACAAGAACUGCUUUCGAUGGUUGGUUCCCAUAUGGAGUUCCAAGCGCCGGGCUCGGCCUCACUUGGGAUGUCUUUCAUUCCCAAUAACCACCCCCAACCGAAGACUUAG